AUGGCGGAUCAUCACCACCACCACAAUCACCAUCAUCAUCAUCACCAACAGCACCGACCCAAUCGUCUUUCACUGCCUUCACGAACGACCUCAACAGUCGGAAGAGCUUACCCUUCUUUCCCUUACACUCCGACUCCAACCCCUUCCAAAACCCGUCUCAGAUCGAUCCAUGGAACCACUAAAUCUUCAAUUUCCUUUCUCUUUCUCAUCCUCUUCUCUUUACGAUCCCUCUACUCUCUCUUACCUUUCCUUCGCUCUUCUCCUUCAUUCUCUCUAUUCCCUUUCUCAUUCCUCGUCUCUCUUCUCUCUUUCGUCUUCUCUCUCGCUUUCUCUCUCUUCUCCGCUUUUUCUCCCUCCAAAAAAGACCCAUUUCUCCGGCAGAAUCGCGCCGUUUUCUCAGUCUCGUCACUCUCCUCGUCUCAAAUCAAACUCAUACUCGCUAAAUCUGUUUUCCUAGCCGUCGUUUUCCUCCUCCGAUUCCAAGCUCUCCGUUACUGCGGCGCAGCCGCCAUGAUCUUAGCUGAGCUCUCCGGUACAGUCUCCGCUAGAGUUUUAUCGGAGUCUCGGAAUCGAAUCGCUGGCGAUAACGGCGGAAUUGGAUCAUCAAAGGUUCGUGGCUUCUGCAUCUUGUUUGCUGGGUUGUUGCUUUUAUCAAUCAGCUGGGAUCGUGUAGAUUGCUUCCCUCUCUCUUCGUCAUCAGUUCAAAAUUGGAGCUUUUGGAUAUACCCUAAAGAGAAUUGCUUGAGAGUGUGGCCUAUGUUGCUUCCGUUUCUUUCUGGGUUUCUAGGUUGCUACGAGAAAGUCUCCAUGAAUUGGAUCGAAAUCAAACAGCUUGAUCAGAAACGAGUUCGAUUGUAUUCUCUGUUUCUCACCACUGUGUUGCUGUUCCCUCUUGCAAUCUGGAGCUUCCUCUUCUCCGGAAACGAUGACGUCGUCGUCUCAAUUGGGAAUUUGGGUUGGCCUUUAGCUAACACUGUUGUAUUCGGAGUACUGUUGAGUGAGAGUCACAACGACGAUAAGCUUUCGAGCUCGAAGAAGGACUUUCUCGUUACGUUUCUAUGCACUAUAGUCUUGGAGCUCUUCUAUUUCCCUGAGCUUUCUCUUUGGGGAUUGUUGUUGUGUGGUUUGUUGCUUUACGUUGCUGUUAGAGAACUGGACUCUGUGGAUUCAGGUUAUCAAGAGAUUGGGAUGGAAUCGCCAGACUCGUUCUCCACCAUGUUUAUGAAGCCAAUCCGUCACAUUUUGAGCGAGAAGAAGUCCAGAAAGAUUGCUCUGUUUCUUUUGAUCAACACUGCGUAUAUGGUUGUUGAGUUUGUGGCUGGAUUCAUGAGCAACAGUCUUGGACUGAUCUCUGACGCUUGUCACAUGUUGUUUGAUUGUGCUGCUUUGGCUAUUGGGCUCUAUGCGUCUUAUAUCUCUCGUCUUCCUGCGAACCAGCAGUUCAACUAUGGCCGAGGUAGAUUCGAGGUGCUUUCUGGUUAUGUCAACGCAGUGUUUCUUGUUCUUGUUGGAGCUUUGAUUGUUCUUGAGUCGAUUGAGAGAAUCUUGGAUCCUCAGGAGAUUUCUACGAGUAGUCUUUUGGUUGUUUCCGUUGGAGGGCUUCUUGUGAAUGUUGUUGGGUUGAUCUUUUUCCAUGAAGAGCAUCAUCAUGCUCAUGGUGGUGGUUCCGGUUGCUCACAUUCUCAGUCGAAUAGCCAUAAACAUGAAGAGCACCACCAUGAGCAUGAUCAUAAACAUGAGGACCAUCAUGAAUGCAACCAUGAUCAUGAGCAUCAUCAUCAUGAGGAGAACCAUGAAGGCAACCACAGCCACGACCAUGACCAUCAUGAUCAUGCUGAUCACAAACCAAAGAAGCAUCGCCACAUUGACCAUAACAUGGAAGGGAUCUUCCUUCAUGUAUUAGCAGACACAAUGGGGAGUGUUGGAGUUGUGAUAUCGACGCUCUUGAUCAAAUACAAAGGCUGGUUAGUUGCAGAUCCAGCAAGCUCAAUCUUCAUCUCCAUCCUCAUCAUAGCUUCAGUGAUUCCGUUACUCAGAAACUCUGCAGAGGUUCUACUGCAAAGAGUCCCCAAGGCACACGAGCUUGACCUGAGAGAAGCCAUGAGGAGCAUCCUUAAGACGAAAGGCGUUUGCAGUAUCCAGAGGUUACAUGUAUGGAGCUUCACAAAUUCAGACGUUGUGGCUACUCUCCAUCUCCUUGUAUCAGCUGAUUCGGACAAGAAGGAUACUAAGUUGCAAGUCUCACGUAUGUUGGAAGAUGCAGGAGUAAAGGAUUUGACUUUGCAGGUGGAAUCUGUAAACUCAUAG